AUGGAAGAUAGAGACUGGAGAAAUCAAACAGCUGUCAUGGAAUUCAUCCUCCUAGGAUUCAGGGAACUCCCUGACCUGCAAAUUCUUCUCUUCCUGAUGUUCCUAGUGAUCUACAUCGCAACCGUGACUGGGAACAUUCUCAUCACUGCACUAGUUGUGGAUGAUCAGCACCUUCACACUCCCAUGUACUUCUUCCUGGGGAACUUGUCGUGCUUGGAGACCUGCUACACCUCAACCAUCCUGCCCCAGAUGCUGGCCAAUCUCCUGACUGGGGACAAAACCAUCUCAUUCAGUGGCUGCCUCUCACAACUGUAUUUUUUUUGUGCUCUACUAUGUACAGAAUGCUAUCUCCUAACAGCAAUGUCUUAUGAUCGGUAUUUAGCAAUAUGUAAACCCCUGCACUAUUCAACUCUUAUGAAUAACAGGUUUUGCCUCCAGUUGGCUGCUGGGUCCUGGUUAAAUGGUUCUUUGGCUAGUACCAUCUUUGUCUUCUUCCUAUCACAGUUAACAUUCUGUGGCCCGAAUGAAAUUGACCAUUUCUAUUGUGAUGUCAUCCCAUUCAUGGAACUGUCCUGCAGUGACACACACUGGUUAGUAUUGUUUCAUUUCAUACUAUCCUGUGUAUUCAUCCUGCCUCCAUUCCUACUAACCCUGACAUCCUACGUGUGCAUCAUUGCCAGCAUCCUGAGAAUCCCUUCCACCACUGGGAGACAAAAGGCCUUUUCCACCUGCUCCUCCCAUCUCAUUGUGGUAACAAUUUACUAUGGAACCCUAAUGACUGUCUACGUGCUUCCGAAAUACAAUAUAUUAAGCCUACUAAACAAAGUGCUCUCUCUUUCCUACACAGUCAUGACUCCACUGGUAAAUCCCCUCAUCUACAGCCUGAGAAACAGACAGGUCAAGGAAGCCUUGAGAAAAGCAGUCAGUAAAUAUGUGGCUUUCACAAAAACGUGCUGA